GGCGGGGUGACGUGGGCUUGACGAGCCAGCGGCGGGUUUGCCGAGCUCAGGGGCCGGCGGCAGCUGCAGCCGGGGUCGGCCGGAGCCGGAGGGGGCGCGGGGCGGCGUUUGGCCGGGGCCAUGACGGGCAAUGCCGGGGAGUGGUGCCUCAUGGAAAGCGACCCCGGAGUCUUCACCGAGCUCAUUAAAGGAUUCGGUUGCCGAGGAGCCCAAGUAGAAGAAAUAUGGAGUUUAGAGCCUGAGAAUUUUGAAAAAUUAAAGCCAGUUCAUGGGCUGAUUUUUCUUUUCAAGUGGCAGCCCGGAGAAGAACCAGCAGGCUCUGUGGUUCAGGACUCCCGACUUGACACGAUAUUUUUUGCCAAGCAGGUAUGGUCCUUGGAUAUGCUGACCUCAAGAGCAACCCUUUUUAUCAACAGGACUCUACGGGACUCUUUUCCACCUGUAAUUAAUAAUGCUUGUGCUACUCAAGCCAUAGUAAGUGUGUUAUUGAACUGUACCCAUCAGGAUGUCCAUUUAGGAGAGACAUUGUCAGAGUUUAAGGAAUUCUCACAAAGUUUUGAUGCAGCUAUGAAAGGUUUGGCACUGAGUAAUUCGGAUGUGAUUCGCCAAGUACACAACAGUUUCGCCAGACAGCAAAUGUUUGAAUUUGAUGCAAAGACAUCAGCAAAAGAAGAAGAUGCUUUUCACUUUGUCAGUUACGUUCCUGUGAAUGGAAGACUGUACGAAUUAGAUGGAUUAAGAGAAGGACCGAUCGAUUUAGGUGCAUGCAAUCAAGAUGACUGGAUCAGCGCAGUGAGGCCAGUCAUAGAAAAAAGGAUACAAAAGUACAGUGAAGGUGAAAUUCGAUUUAACUUAAUGGCCAUUGUGUCUGACAGGAAAAUGAUAUAUGAACAGAAGAUAGCAGAGUUACAAAGACAGCUUGCUGAGGAGGAACCCAUGGAUACAGAUCAGGGUAGUAACAUGUUAAGUGCUAUUCAGUCAGAAGUUGCCAAAAAUCAGAUGCUUAUUGAAGAAGAAGUACAGAAAUUAAAAAGAUAUAAGAUUGAAAACAUCAGAAGGAAGCAUAAUUAUCUGCCUUUCAUUAUGGAACUGUUAAAGACUUUAGCAGAACACCAGCAGUUAAUACCUCUCGUAGAAAAGGCAAAAGAAAAACAGAAUGCGAAGAAGGCACAGGAAACCAAAUGAAGAACAUGCUUUGGGAUGUGUACGCAUUUCUGCUUCUGCACUUACUUUCGUGGAAUCCAUUAGGUAUAAAGAACUUUGAGCAACAUUGGAAUUGACUCUGCACGUUUGGCGGUAGUACCAGUCUGUCUAGUCCAUUAUUAAUGCAUGGAUUCACAAGCUCUCCCUAUCUGCAUCCUGUGCAUGGAGUGCAUUUAAAUAAAGGUGAUGUUCAGA